AUGGCAAGCCCCACUCAUCGAGGUAGCUUCAUCGUCUUCGAAGGGCUCGAUAGGUCGGGCAAGUCGACACAAUGCCACCGUCUGGCGGAGAAUCUCAAGCAAGCCGGGCGAGCGGUGGAGUCAAUCAGGUUCCCAGAUAGGACCACGGCGAUCGGGCAGAUGAUAAAUUCAUAUCUAUGCCAAACUUCGGAACUGGAUGACCACGCGAUUCAUCUACUAUUCGCUGCCAAUCGAUGGGAAAAGAGUGCCGAUAUCCAUAGUACUUUACAAUCUGGGGCAACGAUAAUCUGCGAUCGAUAUGCGUUUUCGGGAACAGCAUUCACAGCUGCCAAGUUCAACGUCCGAACACCUCCCGAACCAGAGCCUAUAGCGUCUCUAGCUUGCGCAGAUCGCGGUCUCCCGUUACCAGACCUCGUUAUCUUCCUCACCCUUGGCGAUCAAUCACUUGAUGACCGAGAAGGCUUUGGCAGAGAGCGCUAUGAAAACACGCAACUGCAAGACGAGGUAAAGCGGCAGUUCUCCCAGGUCGUCCGCCCGUACUUCGAGAAUAUACAUGGUCGAGGUAGAUGGGUCGAUGUUGAUGCCACAGGAACUAUUGAAGAGGUUGAGCAAAGGAUUUGGAAUAUCGUCGAGAACCAUUUGCGCAAUUUCGCUCCCCAAUCAGACGGAAAACUCUGGGUCGAAUGA